AUGGCUCGGAAAAAACUGCACAAGUCCAACAAAGAACGCCAAGAAGCUGCUAAGGGAUACAGAAAGGUGUAUUAUGAGAGAAACAAAGUCGCCAUCUUGAAAAAGAUGAAAUUAAAGUAUCAUGAUAGUACAUCGAAGCAUCCGCAGCAUCCAAGGUAUCUACGCACAACCCUUCAGAACUCCGAGUCAAACGAUACAGGAGACAGCGGCGAUACAGGAGCCAGCGACCUCACUACUAGAUUAUCUGAACCGCAGAUUAAAUUCCAUAGGCUUGUCAAUGGGUCCACCCAUAAGUUCUUGGAUGACCUGGUGUUGCAGUAUACGGGUAGCACUCGUUCCGAAGACUCACGGCGGCCUAUUCUGGAUGCACUUGAUAUCGCUCAAGAGGCCGAAGAAGCAGUUACAAGAAGUGGAGAUGAUGGCGUCAAAACGUUAAAUCCCCAUCACGAAAUUCAAAGAGAGCGAAAGAUGGUUGCUAGUGAAUGGACAUCUAAGGAGCAGAAGGAGUGGUUAACGGCACAGCUUCCCGGGUAUCAAAAGUGCUCGACUAAAUCUAGCUAUGCAAAGUUCUGGCCCCCCAUCUAUGAGCAAUGGGAGCAGCAAUGGCCCAUAUAUAAAGAGCUCUGGCCAGAACUUCCCGAUGAGGAUGGUCUGAAUGCCGUACAAUCGGCAGCAAAGGGGAAGGCAGUAAAGAGGCGUCAGAAGCAACUGCGCACCUGGAUGUCGUGGCAUUCGGGUAAUUCCGCAUCUCGCAAAGGCAGAGUGGCGCAAUCUUCCACAUGGGCCACUCGUUUACUCAAGGACCUCCUCCAGCCUCGGGGUGCAAGAGCUCUGAGCGAGGCCGAAAUGUACUCCCGACUAUAUUAUAAAACCAAUAUCCGUCCAACUGUCGAAGCUGCAAGGUCACACGUCAAUGUUGGGGAGCGAGAAGCCGAUGAGACUAUUAUUGCGGACCGUCAAGGCCAGGAUGAAAUGCAAAGAAGAAUCGAGGAAGGGCGAAUACUGAUGCAGAUGAUGAAGACGCCGAGGCUCUGGAGGACGAAAGAUGAAGAGGAGCAUCACCAACCAACCGAGGAUAUGCUUGAGUACGUUCUUCUCGACUAUUUUUUUUGA